AUGCCGAUUCGUGUUCAUCUUCACUCUCAUCAUCAUACGUGUGAAGGAGCAACCUUUUUGGAUGAGAAAUUCAAAGUGUGGAGGCGAGUAAAAUGGAAAACGCGAAUAACAACAAUAACAAAUAUUAUGAUCAUGAUAAUAUUGGUGAUACAAUGCUUAAUAAUUCAGAGAGCAAUUUUAUCGAAAGUAAUUGCUACAUCAUCAUCGGGACACAACAGUUGCAAAUUAAGGCUAUUCACUGAUGAUAAUCUUAGCAUAAAUAUAUGCUCUGGACGAGGAAAUUGUACAAAUGACACUGAAUGUGAAUGCCAGUUGGGAUUUUAUGGAGAAGAGUGCGAGUAUGUGGAGUGUUCUUCGAUAGCCAAGACAUGGAAUGAAAGUGAGUAUAAUAACAGUACCAUGAUCACAUGUUCAGGACAUGGUAACUGUUCUUGGCUCAGUAAUGAAACGUCGUCAUGUACAUGUGAGGAACAGUUCUUUGGAACACAUUGUCAAUAUACAUACUGUUUUGAUGUGGAAUCGAACAGCUCAUCAACUUGCAGUGGAUAUGGAACCUGUGUUGAUUUUAAUACUUGCAAUUGUACAGAUGGAUACACCGGUUUGGCAUGUAAUACUUCCACAAUCACAGAGGCAGUUAAUACCUCAUCCGCCAAGAACUUUAGUUUUGAUAAUGCUACUAUUUCUAGCGAUAAUAGUAGUCUUGUAAAUAAUACUAGUUCAACAAAUAGUACUGGAAUAUUUAGAGAAGAUAACCAAACAACUGAUUCACAAGUCAGUAAUGGCACUACGGAGCUAAAUGUAGAGAGCAAUACAUCCUAUUUUGAGAGCAAUACUACCUCGUACGUCGUUAAUAACUCGACAUUACUGGACAAUGCAACCGAUCAACAUACACCCUUUACUAACGAACCAGUUUCCAACUCUUCUAUGUAUUCCAAUACUUCUUUAACAAACCAAACAAGUUUAAAUGUUAGCAGUAAUGGACAAAACGAUACUGGAUCAUCUUCAAAUACAACAUUCAACGAAAGUGAAUUGACAUCAAACAAUUCAACAUCUAACAACGAGACGACUUUCAAUAACUCUACUGGUCCAGGAAGGAAUAGUACUUACACAGCAUCAAACCAAUCAGAUGUAAAUGUUAAUGAGACUUUAAUUCAUCCAAAUGAAACAUCCUCAAUGAACAAUUCUUAUGGACAAAUUAAGAAUGAGACCAGUUUCAAUACAAGUCUGACAUAUAACGUAACUGUCACACUAAAUGAAACAAAUGCAAGUGACAGUACUUGGAAUAAUCGAUCUGUUAUUCUAAAUGAGACCGUCUUAUCAAAUAAUUCAUCUAUUGAACAAAAUGAUACAAGUAUAUACUAUACUACUUUAGAAUUGAAUUCAACUGUUAUACAAAAAGGAAAUGAAACUUUUAACAAUACAAUACUAUCUAAUACUAGUUCAAACAUGACUAAUAAUAACACUGUUGAUUCAAAAAAUGCAACUAGUGUGAACACGAGUUAUAGCUCCGAAAACCAAACAUUAUCAAAUAGUGGUAGUCCCUCAAAUCAAUCAUUUGGUAUUGAGAAUGAAACCAACAUUACUUCAGUUAAUAAUUCAACCUUAAAAGAUGUUACCAACUCGUCACUGAGUGGGAGUAACCUAUCGACAUUCGAGAAUUCAACAUUUAAUAACCUUACAAACUCAACUUUGAAUGGGAGAAACAGCUCUAGGUUUGAUAAUAUUACAAAUUUUUCAAACGAAUCUAAUAUUCCAAGUGUUCCAUCCAACUCCUCUGUUGAUUUGAAUGCAACCAUAGCUACUAAGCAAGGAAAUGAAACAGUGAACAAUUCAACAAUUUCAAAUAGUACUGUUUCAAAUAUUACUUCUAAUGAUUCAAAUAACUGUACCAUGACCACUGGGAAUAGUACAAGAAUUUCCAAUAAUGCUAGUUCAGACAUUAUUUCUAAUAACACUCUUGAUUCAAAUUAUACAACAAGGCUCAACACUAGUCAUUUCCCAGAAAACCAAACAAUUAGCGGUCCCUCGGGUCAAUCACAUGGUCUUGUUAAUAAUUCAACUUUUAAUGAUGUAGCCAACUUUUCAUUAACCGGGAGCAACAGCUCAAAGUUUGAUAACUAUUCAAACCAUUCUAACGAAUCAGGUUUAUCAAUUGUGAAUUCAACAGGCUUAAAUACAACUGAUGCUAUUGAGAAUAACACACUCUCCAAUAGCUAUUCUAAUACCUCCGUAUUAUUGGUGAAUGAAACAAGUAAUUCAACAGAUUUGAAUAAUACAAACCAGUUUGUUUUGGAUGAUUCAACAAUCUCAAUCAAUUCAACCAUAACACUUGAGAACUCCACUAACCUUAACAGUUCAUUGCUUGUGCUAAACAACACUUCUGAUUUAUUUAUCAAUCGCACAGAAUCUUUCAAUAUCACCACUAGCAAUAAUACUAACGGAGGUAAUUCUUCACAAGAUACUAUUACAAACAAAACCGUUUUUCUUAAUGAAACGUCUUCAAAGAACUUAACACUAGAAAACCUUGAAAGCAACAAAACAAUGAACUCAACCAAUUGGAACAACACUGAACAAAGUAAUGUCACAACUAUUUCAAUAACAAAUACCAGUAUUGCUAGUAACUCGACAUCUAGAUCUGAUGACAGCUUGGAAACAAGAAAUCAAACGUUGCAGGAAAACGGCUCAGUGGUUAAUAACUUGGCAAAUACUAAUCCUAAUAUGACAAACUCCAACAUCACCAGAGAAAUUUCUAGCAAUAUGUCUAUUACAGUUUCCACUCAAAAUACCACAAGGCCCGAAAAUAAUAGUUUUGCUGAAAACAACACUACAACUUUCGAAAAGCAAACAAUGCCUGCCGAAAAUGGAACGGCAAUAAGUAACCAAACCGGUUUCUUGAAUGGAAAUUCUUCAGAAAAUUCUACCAAAGUCACCACAGUUGGUAAUGUAACAUUGAACGAAACUCUGAGGAAUGACAGUUCCAUUUUUGUCAAUAUCAAAUCACAAAAUCAAACACUUUCAAUAUCUGUGAACUAUACAAAUUUGAAUUCAAGUCUAAACUUCCUUAAUGAAUCUACCUUUCAACUCAAUGAUACGUACCUCAAUGGAUCUAUUAGUUCUACAAUUCUUGUAAAUAAUGACACCCUGAUAAAUGAAAACAAAACAAUGAUAGGGAACGAGUCUCUUCAUAGUAGGUACAACCAAACUGAGAAUCAGAAUAGCUCAUCUGUACCCAGUAUUGAAACAAACUCUACAGUUAAUAAUGAGAAUCUCACAAUUAACACUAACGCAACGUCUAUGAUCGACGAUUCUCAGACAAUUAAUACCACUCUAUUUGAGAAUAACACAAAGUUACACAAUCAAUCUUCAGUAUUGGAAAAUAAUACUGCUAUCACUAAUUCAAGUUUUUUAAACGAAACCAGGAAUCAAACUUUGGAAGGAAAAUCAGGGAAUAAUGAGACUUUAUUUGGUGUAAAUAACACACAAACCUUGAACAAUGAGACUUUUGUUCAAAAUCACACUACAGCACUAAAUAAUUCAUUGGUGGAAAAUAACACAACAACAAACCAUACAAGUAAUGAACAUACCAAUAACAGUACAAAUCAGAAUUUCACUUCUUCUAAUUCUACGAAUGAUUUAAAUUACACAGAAAGUACACAAUUAGGAAACAUCACCAAUACAAAUUCAAACAAUUCCCUAAACUUGGGUUAUACUGCAACUUUCAACAAUUCCUUAUCUAAUGGCACUUUCGGAUUUGCUAAUGCAACAGAGAAUAGUAAUACUACAGCUGCUUUAAAUAAUACAAACUGUAACAUAACAGGAUCAAACUCUUUGGAUAACAACACAAACGAAUUUGUAAACAGAACAGAAACCUUUGGGAACAGCUCCUCCCUUGGCAACCAAAGUACUGUAUCAAAUUCAAGUCUACUCAAUUCAACAAAUCCACUUUCAAAUACUUCGUUCAAUGUCACUGACCAGUGGAAUUCAACAUUCAGCAAUAGUUCAAACAAAGUUGUAGAAAACAGCACUGAAACACCUCCACAUAACCAUUCUGAAUUGAAUAGAACAGUGAAUGAAAAUAAUUCCACACUGAUAAAUAGUACUAAUCUUAAUCAAACCCAUGCUAACUUUACGAGAUACUCCGAAGAGAAUAAUACUCUAUUGUCUAACAAUUCUGUAUCUCUUAAUGCAACACAGAUAUCAUUUGUUAAUGAGUCUAUUUAUAAUAAUAUUACCAGAUCUCAGCUUAAUGAUACAGAAAUGCAUAACUUUACAAGUAGUAACAGCUCUAUUAUAUCUUUGAAUGAAACAAUUAAUGGCACCAUUUUGAAUAAUACAAACCAUGAAAAAACAAACCACAGUAUUUCUAAUACUUCUUUAAUAGCAGAAAACAAUACGGAACUUACAAAUUCAAGUAAUCCUAUUUCAAAGAAUGGCAGUGAAAAUCUUAAUGAUUCAAUACCAACAAAAGGAAAAGUUAGUGAAUCUGAAGGAAAUUCUACAGUGUUAAAUAUAACUGAAAGGGCUGAGAAUAAUUCAGUGAGCAACAGUAGUGUAGUACAUGGCAACAUAACUCACGACUUUAAUCACACCACUGUAAACUAUUCCGUUGUCACUAAUCAAAGCUUUUACAACCAAAGUUAUGAGAAUAGUACCUCUCCAUUCAAUAAUGGGACAGUAACUGAAAUAUUUCAAGGAGAAAAUCAAACUGUCAUAAAUUCCACAAUCCUUUCAAAUGAGACAAAUAGCUUGUCCCUUAAUAGUUCAUCGAAUUUAGCAAACAAUACACAGCUCAAUGCUACAAAUAUGGUAAAUCAAACCAAGUUAGAAAAUACCAAAAGUAAUAUAACAAAUCACAAUCUUACAAACGAACAUACUUCGUUCAAUGAAACCAUUCCUUUCUCUUCUAAUUCUACUGAAUUGGAUAAUGGAACUAUUUAUACUAAUGAAACAAACACUAAUUCAACUAUUAAUAAUACUCCAUCAAAUGGCACCUCUUCAAGUAAUACUACUGAAUCAAAUAAUGGAACUAACUUUGUUGGUCAAACAAACGGAACUGAUUCGGAUAAUUCUACUGGAACUAAUACUAAUACCACCAUUUCUGAUAAUUCUACCAGUACAAAUAAUGUAACCAACAAUUCCUUAGAAGUAGGAAGCAAUUCUACAGGAAAUUUUUCAAAUGUUCGUCUUAACAACACCGAAUUGGCCACCAAUCAGAGUUUGACUAGUAACUCUUCAAACUUUUCCAAUUACACAGUGUUGAACAUCACAUGUGAUACUUGUCUUUAUGGUACAAAUGAAACCUUAGACAAGAACAGUACAUCUGUUACUAAUUCAACUGAAUGGUUCAUGGGGAAUGGCACACAAUCGAAUUUCACUUCCUACUCUAACGAAUCGACUAUCUUUUCCAAUUCAUCCGUUUGGGAAAAUACUACAAGCAGUGAAAAUUAUAAUGCUAGUACCUCAAAUGGAACAAUCCUUCAACAUUACAACAGUUCUGAUACGUAUGAAGGAGGAAACAGCACGAUUUGGAUCAAUACCUCUCUCAAUGUAACAUCUCCCGAUUGUAAUAACAGCAUGAACUCAUCAAUUAUUUUCAAUCAAACAGGUCUGGAGAACAGCACUGGAAUUCUGUCGAAUCAUACGUUCACGUUCAACACUACUUUUGAGAGCACAACUAAUUCCAGUAGUGAAAUUGCUUCGUGGAACACUUCUUUCCAGUCAAAUAACACAGUGAAUGGAACUGUAUUCUCUCAGAACUCCACCACUCUUAAUACCUCAUCACUCAAUGAGACAACUAGCUCUCUGCUGGAAAAUGCGACAGCUUUAGAAAACUGUCCAGUGGGAAGUAAUUGCACUUUGAACAACUCAGCGCACAAAUUUGGAAGAGAAUUGGAAGAUAAUUCUCAAACAUUCAACCAAACCUUGAAUGAAACUCUCACAAAUAAUUCCACAAAUAUUCUAUCGAAUUUUUCCUCCUCAAGUGAAAAUCAAACCAGCCAUUCUAACAAUCAAACCAAACAUGAAGACAAUUCUGAUAAUCAAAUCUCUAACAAUCAAACCAGUAGUAGCACAUUAGAAAUAUCCAACUCUACAAUCUAUAAUGAGAGUAUUUCUUCCAAUACAACAGCUAAUUGUUCAUCAUGUGUGGAAACCAAUAGUACUACUUUAGGUUUCAAUAGUACACCCUCAGAAAACUAUACUUUAAAUUCUUCCACUCUAUUCUCAAAUGAAACCAUUACUAUGAACAGUACCAAUACGCAGCAAAACAUUACAGUUUCGAAUAAUAGCAAUCCCCUCAAUGAAACUUAUUGGAAUCAAACUUUGUGUGGGAAUUGUUCAUUUUCGGUUAAUAUUUCAGAACCUUCAAACAGUACCAAUACUACGAUUUUGGAAAUUGCGCCUGACUAUGUGUGUGGAAAUUAUUCAUACAGCUCUCCACUUGUUUGUAAUGAACGAGGUAAAUGCAUAUCAUCCAAUAACUGUUCUUGCAAUUCAACUUUGGGCUACGGAGGAUCAGAGUGUGAAAUACCUCUUUGUAAUGGUACGAUAGGAGAAUGUCAUGGAGAAAGAGGAACUUGCAUUGCACCAGAAACAUGCCAAUGCAAAGAAGGGUAUUACGGAAAAUAUUGUGAGUUUGUAACCUGCUUUGGUAUUCAACAAAACUCCUCACUCGUUUGUAAGGGAUUUGGGCAGUGCAAUGAUUUCAAUAAUUGUUCUUGCCAACCUGGAUAUUCGGGUUCUGAAUGUGAAUAUUUCGAAUGCUUUGGUGUGAGUAAUAUGAAUAAUAGUUUUGUUUGUAGUGGAAGAGGAAAUUGUUCUCAAAAAGAUUCAUGUUCUUGUUUUGAGCAUUACAUUGGAUAUGAGUGUGAAAUUUCUAAAUGUAAUGGAACUUUUAGUAAUGACACUAAUGUUUGCAAUGGUUAUGGAUCGUGUACAGCUAAUGAUAUGUGCAAUUGUUCCUCAAAUUAUUUUGGAGAAUUCUGUCAAAUGACAUUGUGUUUUGGAAUUCUCUCCAAUCACAGUGAGGUAUGCCACAGAAGAGGAAUCUGUUGGCCAUUUAACAAUUGUUCUUGUGAAGAACAUUACUAUGGACAGGAGUGUGAUAUAACAAAAUGUGGAAACAUCUUUUCAAAUGAUUCUUUGGUUUGCUCUACUCAUGGAAAAUGUUCUUCUUUUGAAAAUUGCACCUGCUCAGACAAAUACUAUGGAAACCAUUGCUCCAAUUAUGACUGUUUUGGAGUGAGUAAUUUUAAUAGUUCAGUGUGCUCUGGCCAUGGCUCAUGCACAAGUCCAGACACAUGUCAAUGUGGAGCUAACAGAUUAGGUUUAAAUUGUUCUAUUACAACAUGUAAUGGAACUCUUGGAAAUGUUUCCUCAGUUUGUAGCUCACAUGGUACUUGUACAGACUACAACAUUUGCAAAUGUUUUCUUAAUUAUGAUGGUCCUUUCUGUGAAAUUAAUUCAUGUCACGGUAUCCCAUCCAAUGAUAGCAAUGUUUGCUCUGGAAAUGGAAAAUGUGUUGAUUUCAAUUCUUGCCAAUGUGGAAAUAGAUUUGGAGGUGAAAAUUGCGAAAAACUCAAGACUGAUAUAUUCGCCGGUUACAAAGUGAUCUGCUCAAAACAUGUCAUUUCCUCAAUAGGAAGAGAGUAUCAGUUAUUGACAGCUAGUAUGGUUUUAGAAUUACAAGAAUAUUCAUACUUCCCGUACUUGCCAAAUAAGAAUGCUUCAAUUGUUUUGACCUCUGAGCCAAUUGGCCAGAUGCUUGUUGAUGAAAUGACAAAAUCAAUUGAUCUCAUUCAAAAUAUGGCAUGUACACAAUACUUAACCUCAACCAAUGUCUCUUCAACUCUAAUCAUUAGAAAUGGAGCUGUUCUUUGUUUUUUAACAAAUUGGUUUGUAAAACCAACUCAAAAUAUUGUUAUUAUUGGAACAGAGCCAGUAGUAAUUAAGGUUCCGUCACUCUAUUAUGCAAAUUCAAGUAUUACCUUUUUAAAUUGUGCCUCACAUAGAAAUUUAUACUGGGUGGUUGGAUCUUCAUCACAAGUGUGGGGUUCUUCCACAAAACCAAUAGCUGGUACUGUUAUAUCAGCCACCAAGGAUGACUAUCUAUACGUGCAUGGAACAGUUGCUGGAUCUAUAUGGGCUCUCAACUCGUAUGUUAUUUUAGAGAGUGUCAUAUUUGAACCACCAAAGAGUUUCGAUCCAUUUGAGCCAUAUUUAAGCAACAGCUGUAACUUUACAAAAUGCUAUGGUAUCAACUCCAAUGACAAUAGUACAUGUUCUGGAAAUGGACAAUGCAUCGACUACAACAGCUGUAAGUGUAAUUAUGGAGCUUAUGGAACAGAUUGUUCGCUCUACAUUUGCAAUGGCAUGCUAAGUAAUAAUGAAUCUUUUGUUUGUUCAGGAAGGGGUUCAUGCAUUGCCAACGAAGUUUGUGAAUGCAAUAGUGGAUAUUUUGGAGAGUAUUGUGAGGAGACAAGUUGCUAUGGAAUUUCUUCAUCCAAUUCUACCUUUGUCUGUAGUGGUCAAGGAUCAUGCACUAGUCCUGAUACUUGCAAAUGUAAUAUUGGCUAUUCUGGAAUGGAUUGCAGUGUGGUUCAAUGUAAUGGAACACUUUCCAAUGAUACCACUGUAUGUAAUUCGCAUGGUAGUUGCAUAGCACCUGAUACUUGUUUUUGUAAAACUGGCUAUUUGGGACAAUGGUGUGAAUUGACUACUUGUUCUGGAGUUUUCUCUAACAGCAAGUAUGUAUGCUCUGGAAGAGGUUCCUGCAUUAGUUACAAUAAUUGUCAAUGUAAUCACACCUACUAUGGCAGCACAUGUUCUGAUUACAAGUGCUACGACAUUCCUUACUAUUCGAACAAGACUUGCUCUGGAAGAGGAACAUGUGUGGAUAUUGACACUUGUGUUUGUUCCAAUAAUUAUUACGGAAAUAAUUGUUCCAUCUCUAAAUGUUACGGAAAACUUGGUAAUGAUACAUCUGUCUGUUCAUCAAGGGGAACAUGUGUUGGAUUCAAUACAUGCUCAUGUUUGAAUAAUUACAUGGGAAGUCAAUGUGAAAUUACUUCUUGCUAUUCAUUCCUAUCAAACAUUAGCUCUGUUUGUUCUGGAAAGGGAAUUUGUGGAGAGUUUAAUAAUUGCUCUUGUCUUCAAGGUAACUUUGGGCAAAAUUGUUCAGAACACUAUUGUUUUGGCAUCAAGAAUACAUCUCCAAAAGUGUGCACUGGUUAUGGAACAUGUGUAGAUACUGAUACAUGUGCUUGUUCAUCAAAUUCAUUGGGAAGUAGGUGUGAAAUUCCAAUAUGUAAUGGUACAACAGGCAAUUCAUCUCUUGUGUGUAGCUCACAUGGAAAUUGUACAUCCCCAAACACUUGCACGUGUCAAGAUCAUUACUCGGGGUCUAGAUGUGAGAUUACAACCUGCGGCUCUCAACUUUCAACAUCUCCAAGUGUUUGUAACUCACAUGGUUAUUGCAGCUCAUUCAAUAAUUGUAUCUGCUCAGCAAAUUACUAUGGUUCAACUUGUCAGGUUUCUUCAUGUUAUGGAACUCUUUCUAAUAGCUCUUCAGUUUGUUCUUCUCAUGGUACCUGUUCUAAUUUCAAUAACUGUACAUGUAAGAGUGGUUACUCAGGAAGCAAAUGUGAACUAUUCAAAUGCAAUGGUACACUCAGUACCGAUACUAAAGUUUGUUCAGGAAGGGGCACUUGUAUUGACAUUGAGACUUGCUCAUGUUUAAAGGAUUAUUUUGGCAAGCAUUGUGAAGUAACACAAUGUAAUGGAGUUUUAAGUAAUGUUUCCUCAGUUUGUUCCUCUCAUGGCCAAUGUAUCUCUGCCGAUAAGUGUUCUUGUUCAGCUCACUACUUUGGAACCAACUGUGAAAAGAGCUAUUGUGCAGGUAUUGCUUCUAAUGAUUCUUAUGUUUGCUCUGCGCAUGGUUCUUGUAAAGAUUACAAUCUGUGUGAAUGUAAAUCAGGUUAUUAUGGAUCCAAUUGUGAAAAUUACAAGUGCUUUGGUGUAAUGAAUAACCAAUCCAGUGUUUGCUCUGGACAUGGUUCAUGCACCGAUUCGAAUACAUGUAUUUGUAACCACGGCUCUUAUGGUGAUAAUUGCUUUGGUUCUCUAUGCUUUGGUAUUAAGGAUAGUAAUUCUUCAGUUUGUAGCUAUCACGGCCCUUGCCAUUCACCAGAUAAUUGUACAUGUAAUGAAAAGUAUACAGGAAGAAAUUGCGAGUUGGCUACAUGUUUUGGAAUUGCCUCAAACUCUUCCAAAGUAUGUAAUUCUGUUGGAAAUUGCUCAAAGGUUGAUGAGUGCCAUUGUCCAUCAGAGUAUGCAGGACCUUGGUGUCAGUACACUACAUGUUUUGGAAUUUCUUCUCAUGAUCCAAAUGUAUGCAAUUCAAGAGGAAAUUGUUCCACCUUAAAUCAUUGCUCUUGCAAUUCUUCAUAUACUGGAUCUAAUUGUGAAAUUCCUCUAUGCCACAAUAUUCCAUCAAAUUCCUCUUCUGUGUGUAAUUCCAGAGGAAAAUGUGUUGAGUUCGACCAAUGUGAAUGUGCUGAAAACUAUUUUGGAAUGAAUUGCGAGUUGACUACAUGUUUUUCAAAAUCGUCCAAUAGCUCUGAGACGUGUACUGGCCGUGGUAGUUGUACAAGUCAUGAUACGUGCGUCUGCAACAAAGGAUACUCUGGCCCAGAUUGCUCUCACUUUUAUUGCUACGGUAAAUCCAAGUUAGAUAUGACUGUUUGUUCUCAAAGAGGAGUUUGUUCAGACUUGGACACUUGUGAAUGUGAACCAAAUAGCUUUGGAAGUGAUUGCUCUGUGACAAGUUGUUUUGGUGUAUUGAGUAAUGAAUCCCUUGUUUGUCAAUCCCGUGGUAGGUGUGAAUCUUUCAAUCAUUGUGACUGUAACUUGCCAUAUUUUGGACCAAACUGUAAUUUCACAACUUGCUUUUCUGUUAAAUCCACAUCUGAGUUAGUAUGUUCUGGUAAUGGUCAGUGUACUGAUUUUGACACUUGUAAAUGUAAGGAUGGAUACUUGGGAUUUAAUUGUUCAGAACAAUUACAUCCAAACAUUACCAUUCCCAAUGAAAACUCAACCACUCCAACAAACAACACAAGUAACGAGGUUAUAGUUCCACCGAUUUCAAACAAUGCAACUAGCAAUACUAGCAAUAAUUCAAGCAGUACUCCAACAACUGUUGUAAAUAGUACUUGUGCAAAUAAUUGUUUCAAUAAUGGAGAAUGUAAAUCUGAUUUGACUUGCAAAUGUUAUUCAAGUUUUGAACGUGGAUUCUGGAAUGGCUCCUUAUGUGACACUUGUUUGAAUGGCUAUUAUGGAAUUAAUUGUGCAACCAAGAUUGAAGGACCUGCCACUAUUCUUUCCGAUUUUUCUGGAUUAGUAUUUAAACUCAACCUCCCAACAGCAUUUACUGGUGUGGAAAUUCCGUGCUCGAAUCUUAUCAGUUCAGAAGAUAGGUCCAGAAAUGUUUAUGGUUCCUUCUCUAAUGUGAAAUGUAAAUAUUUGAAUAAGGCAAGCUAUGCUUUCAUGAUCACUUUUGGUUCAAUUGAUUAUACAUUAGAAAGUGGUCAAUCAAUCAAAUUGAAUACACUCGUCUACGAUAGAUACAAUAACUUAACAACCAGAGAGGAAUAUAUUUCCAUUCCAGUUGUCAUGCCCUUACAGAAUAACACCCCAACUGCCUUCAUUAGUAUGGCCAAUAUAGACAUGUUUAGUUCGUGUGAUGAAAUUAGUGUAGAUGGCACUCUGAGCCACUCCAAUGAUGGAAAGCAAUUGAGCUAUUAUUGGUCCUUACUCGAUGCAACUACCUUUGAAAUUGUAUCUAAUAGUUAUCCCAAUCAAGCUAUUAUCAAGUUGGAAGCAUCACUUCCAGCUGGAAGAUAUAGAAUGAUGCUUCAGGUCCAUAGCCCUUCAUUGAAUACUAUUAGUCCUUAUGUAUAUUCGAGGGAAUUUGUCAAGUCUGAGAAACCUCUUCCUUUAGUGAUGGCUCCAUCCUUGGUUGAAAAGCUCACAACAGAUUUUCCUUCUUCAAUCAAGAAGGUUGUUACUCAGUCAACAUGUGCAUCAGAAUCUGUUACAAUUGAUUGGGCUCAAACAUCAGGGCCUGCCAUAGAAUUCACUGUAGACAAGUUUAACAAUUUGUACAUUUCUAGAUUGAGAACUUUUGGAAGUGUGAGCUACUCAUUCACAGUGAAAGCUUACUAUGCUUCAAAUCCAACACUCUCCUCAACCUCUACUGUGACAUUGACAACAAAAUCUCCAGACCUCUAUCUAAAUCUUGUUCAAUUAGAAUCCAGAAAGACAUAUACAGUCAUUAAAGUGGAAUACAGUGAUCCAGAGGAUGCCAUCAAUUAUGAAUCAGUGGAAACAUGGACAUGGAGUUGCUUAGAUAGUGGCAAUCCUGAUUUGCUCAGUUUGCUUCGAUCCAUUUCAAGCACAAAAGCCAAGCUAUUCACCAUUGAUUCAGCCCUGUUUGGAAGCAUGAUUGUUCCUUCAUCACUUCAACUUCGAUUAAGAGUCUCCAAAACUGACAGAAUUGUGGAAAAGUCCACCAUUGUUUACUUUAAUAAUAUUCCACCUGUGGUGAAUAUCCUUGAUAUUAAUCCUACUACUCAAUACUUGAUUCCUGGGCAAAAACUUUCCGUUCAAACUUUAAUCUCAUCAGAAAUAACUUCCUCCACAGAAACCACAUGGGUUCUCAAUGGAAUGAUUCUUGACAAGUCUAAAUUCAUAGUACAGCAAGUUGGUGCUGCAGAAAUGGUGACAGGAGUCAUAGAUACAACCUUGCUUGUGCAGGGUUCAACCAAUACUCUUACUAUUGCAGCAAGAGAUACUUCUUCUGGUGUUACUGUGAGAACAGCGUAUGCAUUCUCAAUGGCUUCCAUUCCAAAACCAUGUGAUUGCUCCAUUAAUCCAUCAACAGGUAUUGCACUUGAAACUGAAUUUGAUUUCUAUUGUACCAAUUGUAAAAAUCCAGAUGAAAAUAUUGACUUUAAGUAUGGCUUUUUGGAUGAUAGAUCAGGAUCCAAGAUUUAUCUGUACAACCUUGGUGAAGUGUUUGCCUCCAAACUACCUGCACCAUUCUAUGGUGAUACAGUGACUUGUUUCUUUGAAAUUAUCAAUACUGUCACAGGCGGUACAACUCUUAUGGAGAAGAAUAUUACAAUUUCCAAACCAACAGUAACAGACAUUGAACAAGUUCAAGAAAUUGUAUCGACUUGGUCAGGGGUGAGUGCAACCUACAUGUCCGAAGGUCAUUUCAGUAAGAGCAUCUAUCAAUCUGCCUCUACUUCUAGAACAGAUUCGGUUCUAUUGAAAGAAACCCUUGGAGAUUUAUCAUUUAAGCGUUCCAUAAAUGAAAGAUCAACCAAGUAUCUUCAAUGUAUAAGUGGUGUAGAAGUUUCAGGCGAAUGCAAGUGUGCUGAUGGAUAUAUUGGUACUCAUUGUGAAACCUCCAUUAGAGAUUUUUCUAACAUCCAAAAGAGCAAAUUAACUGUCCUAAAUGAUAUUACUACAAGUAUGAAUAAGACUGAUGGUUUGAAUGAGGAUUACAUUUCUCUACUCUCAUUUGCUGUUGAUUCAAUCCUUGUUAAUUAUCAUUUCCUCAAUUCCAAGACAAUUUCAGAGGCAUUAUGCACCCUGAAUAGGUUUUUAACAACUGCCCAAGAUUCUGGAAAAAUCAAAUUAUCUCCAGGUGUGCAAAACCUAUUGAAUGCUUGUGUUGAAUCUGUCCAUGACUACAUUAUGGAAAGACAGUACAUUACUGACCAAACUUCCAAUUCUAGAAAAUUAUUAUCCGCACUCAAAAUGUCGUCAAAUCUUCAAACCAGAGACAUGUACAUUUCUCGUACUAUUACUAGAACCAAAGGACCAUUCUUCUCCAUGAUUAUGGGUAAAAGUACCAUUUAUGAUUAUGAGAAUAUCAUUACUGACUCUGAAAGAUCUACUUCUGUUCUAAUUCCAGACAAUUUCUUUGUUUUUGAAAAUAAGGUAUCAUCACUUGUUAAAAAACCAUUCACGUACGUAAUGACAGUAACAGAUGAUGUGUUUUCUCUUGAUAGAAAGCUAAAACUUUCACAAAAACUUUCUGCCUCGACAACUAGAACGUCAAGUCUUAUUUCUCCAAUUGUCUCGGUUGAAUUCACGGACUUGAGUGUUCCUAUGAAGGAAGAUGGCCUCAUUUACAUUAUUCCCAUCAAUACUACAAGUACUCUUACAUCUAGUACAGCAAGUUCAUUCGAUUUUACAGAGGAAACAGACAGUUAUGCAUGUGCAGACUUUUUAGAUGGAACUACUGAAGUUACCUACUCAUGUUCCCUCCAACUGAAGAAUGAUACACAUGCCUAUUGUAAAUGUUCUCACUUUACCAAUGUCUUUGUCAUCCAGACUGCCACAGUUUCUCACUACUCGUACAUGUACGUUGCAGCAGCUGUGUUUUCAGCAGCCAUAGUAUGUGGAUUGUCCUGCAUGUUCUUGUUGCUUUUCCUUGUAUGUUUCUUUAUGAGAAAGAGAAAUACCAAGAAUUCAAAGAAUAAGCAUGGUUCCACCAACCCAAAGGAAGGUUCUGGACCGGUCAGACCUAUUCGACCACGUCCUAUUCCAAAACUUCUUCGUCACUUGUCCUAUGUUACUCAUGAUGACCUCAAACCACAAAAGAUUAAGCUUCCUUCAAAGAAACAUUAUGGUGACGAAAGUGAAAUUGCUGUUCCAAGUCAUGAAGAUAUUGAAGGAAAUUUUUACAUUCCUAGAAAGGAAUAUAAUCCCGAUCAAGAAAUACCAUCUACACCAACUCGUCCAACUGAAGAGGAAGACAAGAGGCCAUCCACUGCAAAUUCUGUCAUUUCUAUCAAGGAAUUGAAUUUGGACCUGAUUAAGAAGAAUUCGGUUGUUCCACAACAAGUUGUUGAUUCCAUAGACUUGAUUGACCAUCAUGUUAUUCAACCAUCUAGUUCUAUUUACAGUCAAUCAUCAACUAAACCAUCAACACCAGCAACUUCAAGAUCACUCAAAUACUCUAUCAAUAGUAUCCUACCAAUUAAUUCUAAAGUUAAUUUGGAAAGUUUGAAUGCACAAGACUGUAUUUCAGAAAGACCUGCCACCACAGCUACCACAGCCACCACAACCACCACUACGUACAAUAUUAGUAACCUCUUUGAGAAGCAAUCAUCAACAAGAACACUCAAAGUGGAUGGUACUAUGCAACAAGCAACUGGCUCAGAAUUUAUUGAAAAUUGUGAAUGGCUAUACGAAUGUCCAUUAAAAUUUGAAAAAUUGAAAUCCAAAUCAAACUCUACCAAAUAUUGUAAAGCAUGCAAGAAGCAUGUUUACUUGGUCGAUAACAUGAUUGAUUUCAAAUCUCAUUUGGAAAAGGGAAAUUGCAUUGCAUUUACUCCCUUAACACCAAUCAGUCAUUUGCCAACAAUUAAUUACAAACCUCCAAAAUCUCAAAUUGUAAUGGGAGCUAUGGUUGUGCGGCCAAUUAUCAAUCCAAAUCAAUCUUCCACUUCAAUGAUAACAAGCAGCAGUAGUAGUAGUAGUAGUGCAAUGGUGUCAGUGGUGUCAGUGGAUAGUGGCAGCAGUAGUAGUAGUAGUGCUAAUAGUUCAUUGAUGAGUAGUGGUAAUCAGUGA